AUGCCUGAAGAGUAUGCGGGCAUUCCUCUCUCUCGGAUCCGUGCUUGCGUCCUCUUGGCUCUAGCCACCAGCGCUCUCGCUGGCUACACCGGCUAUAGUCUCGGCUACGGCGGUCUUGGAUACAGCGGUCUCGGAUACGGCAAUGGUUUCGGCUACGCCGCCUAUGCUCCAGCUGUGCACACUUUCUCUCACGCUGCCCCAGCCGUCACUUACACUGCUGCUCCAGUUGUUGCCGCUGCUCCAGCUGUGACCAGGGUCGAUACCUUGGCUCACGCUCCAGUGGCCACCUAUGCUGUUGCCCCAGUCGCUACCUACGCCGCUGCUCCAGCUGUGACCAAGGUUGCCACCGUGGCCCACGCGCCAGUGGCCACCUACGCUGCUGCCCCAGUCACUACAUACGCUGCUGCUCCCACAGUGACCAAGGUCGCUACCACCUACCAUGCCCCAGCUGUCACCACCGUGGCUCACGCUCCAGUUGCCACUUAUGAUGCUACCCCAGCGUUCGCUUCUGUAGCCCACGCACCAGUCGCCGCCGCUGUUACCACCCCAGUUGCCACCUAUGCCGCCGCGCCAGCUGUCACUGCCGUCCACGCCGCUCCAGCUGUUGCCACGACUACCGUCCACCAUGCCCCAGCUGUGGCCACCGUUGCUCACGCUGCCCCAGCUGUCGCUGCCUACCAUGCCACCCCAGUCUACAGAUACGGUGUUGGCACCCUCGGCUACGGCACUGGCGACUACGCCUACGGCCACGGUCUGCUCGGCUACGGUCUGAACUACAGCUAUGGUCUGGGCUCUCCCUUCUACUACGGCGAUCUUCUCCGCAAGAGGAAGUGUGAGUAUAGAGAAUGUACAUUGCUUAGGAGGGAGUUUCAUAUAUCUUGA